AUGAACAGAGUCAUCUCGCAGGAUUUGACGUCAGAGAACGGCUCGCUGCGCCGAACUCUGCAGGAGACUGAGGAGAAAUUGCUUGAAGAGAAAAAAAUUAGUAAAGAUAAAGCAAAAACUCCGGUAAAUGAUUCCUCGAAGAAUGAGGAGGUGAGGAUCCUCCAGGAGAAGCUUAAUCAAGCAAACUCCAAGUACUACAAGUGUCAGAAUUCCUGUUUGACACUUCGUCAGGAGUUGAACAAAGCUCAGAAGCUGCUCUGCAGUGAAGUCGGAGAUAAUGUCACGAUAACUAGUCUCCUCAGUCAUCCAGGAGGGUGGAAAGGACGGGCAGAGCACAUUCAGCAGCUCCAGCAGAAGAUUUCCGAGCUCCAGCACAAAUUGAACGAUUCGGAAAAAUCUUCGAGGGGUUCCUCAAUUUCCCUCGAGCGAAGAAGUUCAUACCGAACGAAAAGCAUCGAGCGAGACAGAAAAACUCAAGUGGAACAUUUAGGAAAGGAGUUGCGGCAGGCGGAAACGGCUCUCGAGGGUAACAGGAGGAAAUUGGAAGCUGCGAGAGCAAGAGUAAAAGUCCUGGAGAAUGAACUGUCCGAUUCUAAACGAAAUAUCAUCAUCUUGAAUGACAGGAAAAUCCAUGAUGAUCAAUUAAUCCAAGCGUUGAACGGUCAAUUGAGAGCAGUUGAGGACAGAUACAAAGAAAGAGAUGGAGAUUCAAAAAAUAGGAUUGGUAAAUUAACCCAAGAAUGUUCGAAUCUGAAGAACGAGUUACAUUCCUCGAGACUCCUGAUUGAACAGCUGCGCAAGAAGCUCUCGGAGCGCGAAACCGAAAUUAAUACACUGAGAUCGGGUGCAGUGAGUGCGAUCGACCUGAAUCCUCGGGAUUCACCCGAGAAUUAUCGCGAUGCGUCUUCAUUAGGCAGUGGCAGAGACCACCAGGAUCCCAAUGAAUAUGUCGUCUUGGGGCUAGCUGCCGAGGCGGAGAGGGAGAGGCUCAUGGAUGUGGUGGCUGCCUUGAACCGUCGACUGGAUAAGGAGAGGGCGGAUACUGAUCAUGUGUCCGAAUUAUUACGCCGAGAGAGGACUAAAGUCGUCAAGUUGGAGAAUAGGCUCCAGAAAAUUGAGGCUGAGACGGUGGCGAGACCUAGGGUGAACUCUGGAUACAGAUCGAGAUCAUCGAAGUCCUUGACUUCGUCGAAGAAUGAAUUGAGUGACGAUCAAUUCAGAUACAAAUUAGAGCUUCUUGAAGAAGAGAACUUGGCGCUGAAAGCUCGUCUAGCAACCCUGCAGCAGGAAAAAACUGAGGAUCUAUCGACGUACAGACAACUCCUCGAGAACACCAAAAGGAUCUUCCGCGAGUCUGUCAGGGGGAAGAUAAGCACAGCACAUUCAACCUUAACUGUCUGA